CGCAGGACGGGGAUUUCGGGCAGCGCCUGGGCCCCGCUGGCAGGGCCCCACCAUCCCGGCGGUGCGGUGACAUCCUGGGAUGGCAGGGGAAGAGCGUGCGCUGGCCGUUCUCUUACAAGCACUGCAGGGUCUCACACCAAAAGACUUUCAGGAGUUUAAGACAAAGUUAUCGGAGGUUCGCAUGGAAAGAGGAUGGAAUAUCCCCGAGGAUUCGCUGGCGAAGGCCACCCACCCUUGCACGCUUGCCAGCUGCAUGGGCAAGAACUACAGCAAAGAUGCCGCAAUGGACGUAGCAAUUGGCUUGUUUGAAGAGAUGAACAUGAGAGACCUCGCUGAGAAGCUCCUGGAUGAGAAGGUGAAAGAGUACGAGCGGAAAUACAGAGAGCACGUGGCCAGGGAGUUCCUCCGGUACAAAGAAGUGAACGCCCGUCUCGGGGAGAACCUGUGCCUCAGCAGCCGCUACACCGACCUGACCAUCGCCAGGAAGCCUCGGAGCCAGCACGGAGGUGAGCACGGAGCUGCGGGCACCGGCCGCGGGUGCGCCGAUGCCGGCGAUGGACCAGCCACCGUCACGGCGCAGACGCUGUUUAAACCCGACAAAGAUGGGCAAACGCCGCAGGUUGUGGUGCUGGUGGGGGCCCCAGGGAUGGGGAAGACGAUGACGGUCAGGAAGGUGAUGGCAGAGUGGGUGGAAGGGACCUUCUACGCGCAGUUUGACUACGUCUUCUGCCUUGACUGUAGAGACAUUGCCUUUACCAAGAAAGCAAGUGUGGCAGACCUGGUUUCAGCGUGCUGCCCUCACGGGCAAAUGCCAGCUGGGAAGAUCCUGGAUGAGCAGAAGAAGAUCCUGUUCAUUUUUGAUGGCUUUGAGGCCCUGGGAUUUUCCUUGGUUCAGCCCGAAGACGAGCUGAGCUCUGACCCCAGGGAAGUGAAGACACUGCAAACCACCCUGAUGAGCUUGAUGAAGAAUACUGUUCUCCCCAAGUCCUCCUUGCUCAUCACCACGAGGCCGACGGCUCUUCAAAGCCUGGCCCGGUGCCUGGAGGGUGAGUAUUACAUGGAAAUCCUGGGGUUUUCGGCAGCCAUGAGGGAGGAGUAUUUCCACAGGUAUUUUGAGAACGACGGCAAAGCCGAUGCAGCCUUCAGGUUUGCCAGAGGCAAUGAGAUCCUCUACAGCUUGUGCGUCAUCCCUGUCAUGAGCUGGACCAUCUGCACCAUCCUCAAACAGGAGCUUUCCAAGAAGAAAAACCUCGUGGAGUGCUCUAAAGCCACCACGCAGAUGAGCCUGUUUUACCUCUCCUGGUUGAUGCAGUGCAGAGGCAGGGACAACCCGCAGGACCUCCAGCGCUUCCUGCGCAAGCUCUGCCUCUUGGCUGCGGAUGGCAUCUGGAAGCACAAGGUCCUCUUUGAGGAGAAGGAUAUCAAGGCCCAUGGCUUGGAGCAGCCUGAAUUUCUCCCCCUCUUCCUCAACGAGAAGCUCUCAAGGAAAGGUGUAGACUGUGGGAACAUCUACAGCUUCACCCACCUGCACCUCCAGGAGUUUUUUGCCGCGAUGUUUUAUGUUCUGGAGGACGAUGAGGAAGCAGUCAGUGAGUCGAGGGCCCUCGCAAAGGAUGUAACUGUGUUAUUGGAGAGCUACAGCAAAUCCAGGAAAGAUUUGAACUUGAUGGUGCGGUUCGUGUUUGGUCUGGUCAGCCAAAAAUCCAUCGACUAUGCAGACAAAAUGAUCGGGUGCAGAAUUUCACCACGGGCGAGAGAAGAUCUGCUGAGGUGGCUUCAGGGGAGGCACAGAGGCACCUCCCAUCCCAGCCAGGCGCCGAAGGUUUCCCAGUUGGACACUUUCCACUUCUUGUUCGAGAUGAAUGAGCAAAGCUUUGCGCAAAGUGCCUUGGCUGGUUUCACCGACAUAGACUUGCAGGACAUCAAGUUGACCUCGUACGACCAAAUGGCUCUUUCCUUCUGCCUCCGGCAGUGGACUGGGCUGGGCUGCGUCACCCUCCGGGGAUGCUCCUUCGGCCAACGGGAUCCUGGGGAAGAGCCAGCCACCUCGGAGCCCUGGUAAGCGCUGCCCCUCUCUGCUCUGGUGACCCCAAAUCCCAAAGAUGUCUCCUUCCUCACCCCAAAGGAGGCCU